CUUCCAGCUCUUUUGGUGUUAUAUCACUUUUCUACGUCGUAUUUCUUAUCAUUUACGAGUAUUUCGUAGGGAAUUACACUCCAGGUCCAGUGAGAACAAGUCCUGCAGUAUGGACUGAUGUGUUUCAAGUGGUGCCUACCAUUUGCUUCGGUUACCAGUGCCACGUGAGUAGUGUUCCUGUAUACUCCUGCUUAGCUGACAGAAGAGUCACCAAUUUUCUUCGCACUGUCCUCGUGGCUAUCGGAUUGUGCAUGUUCACAUAUUCUGUAGCUGCAACAGCCGGUUACUUGACCUUUGGUUCUCACGUGACAAGUGACAUUUUGGAAUCGUACGAUGCCAAAGAUACAGUAGUCAUGAUAGGGAUGGCUGCUUUAGGAGCCAAAAUGUAUACUACCUAUCCCAUCGUACUGUUCUGUGGAAGAACGGCCAUAGAUGAUUUAUACACCCAAGUAAGAGGAAUUCCACCAGAGGACGCUGUUAAAAAUGAACCUUGUAGAAGAAUUGUCAUCGCUUUAGUCUGGUUUAGCUGCUCUUUAACCUUAGCUCUUUUAAUACCCAACAUUGGAGUUGUGAUCGAAUUUGUGGGGAGUUUGGCAGCAGUUUUCAUCUUUAUUUUUCCAGGCCUCUGCCUUUUAAAAGUGACUCUGAAGAAGGACCCAGGACUUUUUUAUUUCAAGAACAAGUUCUUUAUUGUUUGGUCAGUAUUUUUUCUGGCCAUUGGAACAUGUAUUUUUUUCUUGGUAUUAACACAAGCAUUGAUAAAACAAAUUUCUGGAAAUGAUGUAGCGGGAAAACCCAACUUCUGCCAACAGUGACCAUCACUGAUUAUUGAAAACGAUGGUUCCAAUCACUUAUUGCCAUUUGGUUUGAUAUACCUUUUAGGGUUACGUGUACAUACCUUUGUUUGUUAGUUUGUUGUUGUUUUGUUUUUCUACUUAUUUGCCUUUCUACAGUCGUUUUCAAUUAGAAAACUCGGUGACUCUCUUGACUUAAAAUACAUUGGCAUAGCAGUGUGUCAUCAAGGUGAGAAGACGAAUCCAUAUACGUAGUUUACGAAAUGAGGCUUAACUGUGUAAACAGAGGUUUUAGCUUAUACAGUGGUGUUGUUAUUAUUUUAUCAAUAAUCGUGGCAUAUAUAACAAACUGAAGGCAACGAAACAGCAAUUUUUCAAAGGCUGACAAAAAUUAUUUAACUCAAAAAAUAUCGAGGGUCCACGUGGACUUCAUGAGCAGUUUUUAAACACCUUUUACGAAAGUAUUUCUGCGCCAAAUUGCUUGACUUUAUUAGUUAUAGAGCCUAAGAUAACAUGAGUCACACAAUAAACGUAAGGGAAAAUGUCAUGAAUGUUGAUAUUAAUUUUACUAAUUCUUCUUUGGGGGUCGUGUAUGUAUUUCACGUAGAAAAUGAAUGAUUUCGCCCGAUUUGUUUUUGAUCAGUUCUCUAUAAUCUGGGUGUUGUAGCAGAGAAAAACGUACAAUUACUGAGUAUGUUGAAAUGUAUAAAAAUAACGGUAAUUUGAGGUUUAAAAGCGUUUAAUCGUUUUUGUUUUUUCUUCUGUACAAAUAAAUUUUAGCGGGACAAAUUUAAGCUUUGUCGGUUAUGACCCGUUGAAUUAAUACUGAGAGUAGUUGAUAAAUGUUUCGUGACAGCAUCAAUAUAAGCGUAAUACAAUCUCCCACUAGAUACGAUUUUGGAAAAUAUAUGUAUAUUUUCUUAUAGCAAAGGUCCCCCAGUGGCACAGCGGUAAGUCUGCGGACUUGCAAUGCUAGAAUCCGGGUUUCGAUAUCCGUGGUGAGCAGAGCACAGAUAGCCC